AUGAGAUCGUUCACCCACAGACUUGUGAGGUUUUGGUCCAGUAUAACCGCUUUGUGCUCUUUAGUCACAAGUUAUGAAGUGCGCUCCAUUAACACGGCAUGGGGUGUUGUGAGAGGAGAGCUGGUGCACCCAGAUGGUGCCGAUCUGGCACCCGUCACACAAUUUCUUGGUGUGCCCUACGGUGUAGCUCCUUCAGGACAGUUUCGCUUCAAUAUGGCUAUAUCAGCUGCGAAAUGGACACAUCUGCCAAAGGAAGCUCGGAAAUUGGCUCCGGCCUGUAUUCAAACGCAGCUUCCUGAACUCAGUGAAACAAGGGCUUUUAAACAAAUGUCAGCUCAACGAUUCGACUAUGUGCAUCGAUUACUCCCAAAGCUAAAACUUCAAUCCGAAGAUUGUUUAUAUAUGAAUCUAUAUGUGCCGGAACGACUCGAGAGUUCACAGCGCGAUUCACCUCUGCCGGUGCUUGUGGUUGUUCACGGUGACGAAUAUGGUUGGAACGCAGGAAGUCCCUAUAACGGAAGCAUUCUGGCAUCUCAUGGGCAAAUUGUCGUCGUCACGUUGAAUUAUCGUCUGGGAGUAUUCGGGUUCCUCGGACGUUGCGAGUCGUCGUCAUGCUCUGGCAAUAGCGGUAUUUCCGACUUGGUUUCGGCGUUGACAAUGCUUAAUGUGGUUCUGCCACCUUUUGGAGGUGAUCCGAAAGCUGUCACAUUACUUGGUUGGGGUUCGGGUGCCUCAUUGGUCUCGUUGUUGAUGGCUUCUCCACUAACACAACCUGGUCGCCGUCUAUUCAGACGAGCGAUCCUUCUCGACGGUACAGCAUUAGCCCCAUGGGCUAUGGCUCAUAAUCCACAACAGUAUUUUGCCCAAGUCGCUGAAAAUUUAGGGUGUUUGUCUCGAAAUCGAUCGUCGACAUUCAAUGACAACGCUGACACGACACUUCGUUGCAUGCAGGACCAUCCUGCUGACAAUGUAACGAAGGCAGUACAAGCUAUUGACAUACCCACAUUCCUCAGCGGUUUUGCUCCGAUAGUUGAUGGACAGUUGAUUCCAAACUCGCCACGGAUUUCCUUCUCCUCUCAGUAUGGCUCCUUAUUCCGUGAGAUCGAUCUGCUGGUCGGGUUUUCCUCGAAUCCGGCGCACUAUCUGCUAUCAAACGAAGACUUGAAGUCGGGACUGUCAAAGGAACGACGUCAGAAAAUCUUCAGAACUCUGGUGAGGAAUCUAUACGACUACCAUCGGACCGAAUUGCUAGCAGCCAUUAUCAAUGAGUACACCGACUGGGAGAAUCCACGUGACCACCCCAAGUCGAUACGAAACGGUGUCCUUGCAGUCCUGAACGACGUGCUAUUCACUGCACCUUUAAUUGAAACACUUCGUAUGCAUAGUGCUGAUGAAGUGCGGAAGGAGGCAAGCACAUUUAUGUUCGUAUUUGGACACGAAACUCGUUCAUGGAUGAACGAGCAACCGAACUCAGGCUUGAGAGGGUCGCUAACGGGUGAUCACAUACCGUAUAUCUUUGGUUAUCCGCUCGCCAGUGGCGAUAGUGAAGAAAAGCUCUACGCCGGCUUCAGCGCGGAAGAUCGAGGGAUUUCGCAGGUCAUGAUGCAUUACGUAGCGAAUUUUGUCAAGUCAGGAAAUCGUUCCCCAUGGGCGACGCGUUUCACUCUACAGCUUGGCCUCAGUUCGAUCAGCCUAACCGCAGAACGUAUCUUGAAAUUUACUGAUCGACCACGCGUGAAGAACUACUAUCGAAAUGCUCGAGUGGGUUUUUGGACUAGCUUGGUUCCAGCACUUCAUGCUGCCGGAAAGGAAGGUGGAGAUGUACCCGAGGAACAUCACUUGUUGCCGGAUCACUUUCGAAAGGACUCAUUUUUUGGUCGGGUAAGGUCAUUCGCCCCGUAUGCGAAUCAUCCUUUCCCAGCUCCACCACUGCCACCGUCACCUCCACCGGAAAACAUAAAGAAAACCACAACAAUGAAACCACCUUCGGUUACUCCAUCACCACCCUUCGACACUUCGGCUGUCACUACCAGUCAGUACAGUACCAUGUUGUCAGUCACGGUAGCUGUGGGAUGUGGCCUUCUGUUUUUGAAUAUCUGCGUGUUUUUUGGACUUUAUCGCCAGUGCGACAAGAAUAAGCGAUCGAAGAAGAAGUUGCAACUGCAGUACCAGACCUACGCCUCAAAUCAGGCCGCAGUCCCAGACCAAUACAACAAUCUCAAUUCACCGGAGCCGUUGCUGUCCGCGUCGCACAAGACUGUACGGGCUGGAGUGUCGCCAUCUUGUCCACGCCAUGGCCGAGCAGUGCUGUCAUUACAUCCAUCACGAGGCAGUCUGGCUUCUGCAGGAAACGCGCCCACACUCGAGGAAAUCCAAGUCUAG